GCUCGAGGUCGGACUCGGACCGCCGCGUUCGUUAGAAGAAAGGCCUUUAGUAUUGUCAGAAGGGCAUUCGAGUAGUUACGAUAAUGUCCCGUUGAAACAUCAAGACCGUGAAAUUAUUGCCCGUAUAGGUGCCUUAAGACAGACCAUUUUUUCCACAUCUCACGCCUCUGUGCUCCGGCACCCGAACAGAUUUGGGAGUUCAUUUGUCCAGUGCUUCACGUCUCUUGGCACCACUGAUUGUAUUAAUCGACGCGACGCAUGCACAGACUUUCGCUUGCUGCGUGUCUCCCCCCGGCGGAUCCGCGAUUGGCGCAGCGCAAGUUGCUAGAUGCAGGAGGCAUCCUCGUCGUCUACCGCUGCGGAGGAGCAGCUGCUUUUGCUUCCACCGUCGGAAUCAACGGGCUCAGUAACUACUGAAAAGAGCGAGGAGUGUGACGGGACGACGACGAGUGUGAAUUCCUCAGAACAUCAAGCGUGUGAAGAGUCUGUGGAAGAACGCAAGGCAGCGAAAUCGGCUACUAGUAGUAGUAGUACGAGUAGGUCGAGCAGUACAACUGCCACUGGGGCUCUCUCUUCAUCUUCCGCUACUAGCAAUACAACAUCUUACGGAAGUUUCGCGCGACGGCCUAGUACACGGGCCGCGUCAGGCAGCGGGAAAUCUUCAAGUAGACCGCGUCGUGAGCCCUUCAAAAUAGUGCUGGAUCAGUCUCUGUAUCUUCCAAGGCACGGCCCUCGUUCGGGAGCAGACUCAUCACGCGACGCCAGGAGAGCUUCAUCAGCGCAAAUACACAUACCAGAAACAACGCCAAAAGAGCAGGACCGGCAUCCGGACCAACAUAUUCCAGGAGAUAAAAGCACGUUUCCCAAAGUCCGCAUCAGCACGGCUUCGUCGCCGGUCUCGUCGACCUCACCCGGAGACGCGACGAGACAUAAUCUUUCGAGUCGGAAAAAGUCCUCUUCGCUCCGCUUUCAACCACGGUCUAGGGGAUUCACGGCCGAAACGGUGACGUCUGAAGAAGAGCAGGCCGGGAAUUCCGGACGCCGGGAGGCUGUUCCGGGGUCGAACUCACGGCACGACCAUCCGGAGCCCGACCUCAUUGGGGCGAGCAAAAGUUUUGAGCGGGUGGGGGGAGACACCGGGGUUUUAUCUGCAGUCAAGGAAGAAGUCGUGGUAGCUACGAGGUCGGUGAAAUCAACACUGCACAGCUACACGGGCGGCGAACAAAACUCUAGAACCGUUGGCCAAGAACUUCCUGCGAGCUACCCAUCUGCUUCCGUCAUCAUGUUCGACGCACAGGCGCAGCCGGGGAUUCUCACCUCCGAUAUGGCCUCGUCAACACCGAAUAUGGUGAAUCAAGGACCGCUCCUUGUCGCCAUACUGAGUGUGUUCAUUUUUUGCUUCAACAGCGAGCUACUCCAGGACCUGUCGAGUGAGGUGUCACCCCUCUGCAAUCUUUGUUGCGCACACAUGAGCGGAUUGUUGUUUUUCCCGUGGACGAAAUGGGCAUCGAAAUGGAGGAACCGGAAUAUGCGUUGGCAAAGACCUGGCGGUGGUGACCACGAGGACACAGCGGGUAGUUCUCCCGUUCCCAUUCCGUCACCCGGUGGAGCAGGGCCCGCCCCUUCUCAGGCCGGUGAUUCGCAGCAGCAGCGCCCAGGUGCUGGUGUUGGUUUGCAAGUAUCACCAGAACGGGCGACGCAUUUGGAGGCUGCUGGGUUACCAAAGCUUCGCGCCGGCGGUUCAUCUGGACAGCACAGCGCGAACAACAAAUCGCUGCAAAAUAAUCAUGCUGGAGAACAAGGACAUCAGCAGAAUCAGCAAUAUCUUGACUCGCUCUACUCGGAUCAGGAGGAAGAGUCGUCGGUUUCACCGGGCGAUUUGUCCCCAUCGAGGAAGCGGGGCGAUGUGUUCUCAAAAUCGGAUGUUAAGUUUUGGCAGAAGGCGGCGUUUUUCUCCAUUCUGAUCAUGAGCUACAACUGGUGCUUUUUGAAAGCGAUGGACACGCUGCUCGUGAACACUAUGUAUGGAUCUGUUAGGAUUGAAAUUGACAAAGUCGAAAGAUUUGUGAUGCACAAAAUCGAUGCCAGUUGGAGCCUCAGUUUCCAAGUGGUGCAUGACAAAUUUCGGCAGCACCAAGAUCCAGUCUGUCAUGCUGUUUGAGCAAAGAACGCUGCUCCUGUUAUGCUACUCUGGCAGCACAAGCACAUCGCCUUCGCCUAAACAGGCUUGCAAUCGGUCUCAUAUGCCUCCUCCCCAACGCAGGCCAUGCGUGCCCUACAUUUUAUGCAUUACAAAUUUUUCGAUUUCGUCGAUUUCGAUCCUGGCACUCCCAUAAACACGGUCACGGCUCUCUACCAGGUGAACGUCGCACUGUGCGGCAUUUUAUGCAUUGCAAAAGUAUCGUACUCGUAGUAAUUGGAGUCAUGCAUUACAAAUUGCCUUCCCAAGGUAAAACAGCAUGACAAAUUUGAUUUCUCAUGCUGAGCAAAUUUGCCAUGCGAUUUAUACUAGUACGAUACUUUCGCAAGGCAUACAUUUUCGAGUACACCCGCGGACAGGGGUGUACGACGUUCAAGAUCAGCGGCACGGUGUUGUGUAUGCUAGGUGCAGCGAUCGUAGCCUUGUUUUCGCCCACGCGCGGCACCCCCGGCGACGAUCCGGACGAGGGACCGCGCGGCCACGUCGCGGCCGCCCUGGUGGGAUCCUCGUCCGGCACGGGCGUUGCUGCGCACUUCGGGCCGACGGCGGCGGGCAUUGGGUUUAGCAUAAUGGCCGCAGUUAUCCUGUGCAAAAGUAUCGUACUCGUAGUAAUUGCAUUUCUGCAUUACAAAUCUCUUUCUCAAGGACAAGGUAAAUCAGGAGCAUUAUAAAUUCAAUUUGUAAUGCUGGGGGAAUUUGUAGUGCAAUUCCAAUUUAUAUAUACUAGUGCGAUGCUCGUGCAUUGCAUAGCAGUCGGGGCGGCUACUUACGCGUGUCUGCUGGUGGAAAUGGUCGGGGUGGAAAAGGUGCGACUUUUUCAGAAAACGAUGGUGUAGUUCGUGCUGAAUUUAGAAGAACGGAUGAUUUCUAUUUGUUCUCUUUGGUUAUAUGUAUCAGCCUAUUCAUCUUCCUUUUCCACAGGCCCGCAACCCCGCCGCCUUCUGUGUGAACUUUGGUUUUGCGAUCAGCUUUUGUCAUUUGGUUCUCGUCGUGCCCUUUCUCUUCUUUGCCGACUGGAUGCACUGGGAAGAGCUGCGACUCCCGCCCAAUCUCCUCGACGGCCUCCGUUUCGCCCUGAGUUGCGGCAUGGCGUUCAGCGUCAAUCUGUGCUGGUUCUACGUGCUCUACGCGGGCGAGGACGCGAGUCUGCUGUCCAACGUGGUCGCACUCUCCAUCCCGAUCUCGGUCUUUCUGGACGUUUGCUUCCACGCAAAGUACCCCGGCGGCGCGGAGUUGGCCGGGUUGUCGGCGAUUGUGUGCAGCUUCGGGUUGUUCUUUCUCCACAAGAACGCGCGGGCGCGGCAAAGUUUGUACGACCGGUUGCGCAGUGAAAAAUUGAAAAGCGAGGACGUGUUUGUGGGACCACAGACUUCUGGGUUGGUCGUUCCAGCUGCAGCUUCGAGGUCACCUGCUCCUGCCACCACUGCCGUGGCCGGCGCGUCUUCGAGUAGUAGCAGUAGUGCUGUUGCAGCACAGAAGCAGAGCAGCUCACAGAAUAAUUAUCGAUACUUCGAAUCACCACCGGCGGCGGGCGGGAAGAAAGCGACGGCUAGUGUAUCUGGCGCGGGGGAUUACGCCAAUGAGAAUGAUUGGAUCUAAAAAUACAUAGUUUGAGCUUCCUUUUCUUUACUGAAGUAGUACGCUGUAGAAACAAUUUUGUAUAUUCAGGACGUUAAAGUCGAUAUGAAAGUCUCGUCGACACAAUAAUUGGAGGUUCGAUUUGAACUUCCUCAUGAAAAUUCAACUUCUUUUACCGUGCGCACGUGCGCGCUCGUCGUUGAUUCAAGAGUGUAAGUAACAAAACAAGCGCGGAGUUGUAUUGUAAAGGAAUUUUACGAAUUUCAGCUCUGAAGAAGACACUGACGCUAAACCAAAACUAGCGGCGCAGAGAAAAUACCGAUUAAGGGUAGACCAACGCGGCUGCCAACCUUUAUUAACGCUGCUGCAUCAAGUUAGGUGUGCAUCUUCUACAUACGAAUUUUCAGAAUCAUCGAUGUGUAAAAUUGCAACGGACCCCUUUGCUUUUGCAUUUGCUGCAGAUGCCGCAAGAACCCUUCCCAAUUUCUAUGACUCGACGAAAUCGAAAACCAAUCUUAAUGUGGAAGAAGCGCAAAGACCGCCCACGACUUC